CUUUUGAGAUGGUGCCUUGUAAGUUGCGAGAUGAGCUCUGCGUUUCGCGGGGUAGGGUUUAGGAGAGUGAUUGUGAUUAAGUCUUUGAAGAGCUGACCGUUCUAUGUAGUUGACGAAAUGGAACAUAGCGAUGGUGCGGCUGAAGCGGGACGAGGUGAUCCUAUGUAUAUGCUUCCGGUUUGGUAUGAAGAAUGCGUGAAAAGCCACGAGCAGUGUCGAUCUGUGUUCAACGAGGAAUCGUAUUUUCCUGCUCGAUUGAUUGACAUCGGUCGGGCAGACUCAGUCGAUUCAAUAAGACUCGUCACAACCAUGGGCGAUAGUAACUUCACUGCAACGCGAAGCGACCACCAAAGGCCAGCGUAUGCUACACUUAGUCACUGCUGGGGAAAAUCCCAGCCCCUAAAACUACUCACCCACAAUGAAGGACAACUAAAGCAAGGCAUUGAUCGUGCAAACCUACCAAGAGUCUUCUUAGACGCAAUCGACGUGUGCCGACGUCUCUCCAUUCAGUACCUAUGGAUAGACUCUCUCUGCAUAUGCCAAGAUUCAGAAGAAGACUGGUCCAAAGAGUCGGCUCUAAUGGGCAAGACCUAUUCGACCGGUGUGAUUAAUAUCGGGGCAACUGGAUGUGCAGACUCGAAUUGCAGUUUGUUCGAAAGGGACUCGAGUGGGAGUGCUUCUGUGGGGUUGAUAACCUGGGCAAUUGCACCGGCGAACAAAUAUGUGGUGGUCGAGAACAGCAUUUGUUGGCUGAAAGAUUUUCUGGACCAACCUUUACUGCGACGUGCGUGGGUAGUGCAAGAGAGGUUACUGGCAACCCGCAUGGUGCACUUCACUAAGUCCGGACUCAUGUGGGAGUGCCGAAGCCUCGCGGCCACCGAUACGUAUCCACGCAAAGUGCCGGACGUCUUGCAGCAUGUUCAUCACUCGCGAAAUCGUUUCUGGCAGACCGACCCUCCUGGCCAACAUAAAGAUGAAGCGUGGUCUAACCUGGUGCAGAACUACAGCAAUUGCGCGCUCACCUUUGGCAAGGAUAAGCUUAUAGCUCUUUCUGGCUUGGUGUCCACUAUGAAGACUGGAGGUCUGGAUCGUGGAAACUACUGGGUUGGCAUGUGGGAGACUGAUUUUCCAUAUUGUCUUGUCUGGGUACGCUCUGCGCUGGAUAGGAGCAAGUGGAGGCAAGUUCGUCCCAAUGAAUACCGUGCACCCUCUUGGUCCUGGGCUUCCCUCGAUUGUCAGGUCUGGACAGCGUGGUCAUUGGGGAUCAAGCGUUCACCUGUUAUUUCCCAUUUUGUAGUCAACGAAGAUGGCGGGAAGGGCCAGGAUGGACCUCAAGUUGGCUGCCGUCUUUUGCUCUACAUGACAGGCCCGCUCGCAAAAGUGAGCAUUGUGCCAAAAGGGUCCGAGGUCGAGACAGUUGGGAGAGGGAUUGAAAGGGCACAGGGCAUCUCAUAUUGCAUUUCCUCUAUCUACCAGCAUCGUGAAGAUAUUGAGCCGGACGCAGAAUUUACCUAUAUGGAAGAUGACACAUGGAAUGAAGUCAUCUUUGACGAUUUCAACGAUUCCAAUUUAACCAAAGACGUCUGGUGCGCACCCAUAUUCGAGUGCGAGAUGUGGAAGAUGGGGGCCGGUAUGCGACUGUUUGGACUGCUGCUGGAAGUGGUCGAAGGGAAUACGUUUCGCCGUAUUGGCACGUUCUCCGUCAGACUCUUACCUAAUCGGCAAUUGUUGAAGCGGUUGCAAUCUAUUGCUUAUACGGUAAUAUAGAAUUCAAGGCAAUUAGUAAACCAUAAAGGAGAAGUACCACUCGUCUGAAAGGAGAAAAUGGAUCGUCGGCCACGAUCACAAGGAAAGCUGACACAGCUCCCG